AGAGAGAGGGGGGAGAGAGGGUAUAAAUGUGAGGUUUUCUUGUUGGUGGGCUUAUAUAAAGGAGUAUAGGAUGUUGCAGUUCCCCACUCAUAAAGAUAGCUAGGUAAGAGGGUGUAAGGGAAGAGAAAGAGAUCAUAGAAGAGAUAUAGUUUAAUUUUGCUUUGCUUUAAUUUGUGAGGAUUUGAUUUGAUGGAAGAACAUCUCACUCCAUUGGCUGUUACCCAUCUCCUUCAACACACUCUCAGAAGUUUGUGCAGCCAUGAAAAUUCUCAAUGGGUCUAUGCAGUCUUCUGGAGGAUCUUGCCUAGAAACUACCCUCCACCCAAGUGGGAAGGACAAGGGGCUUAUGAUAGAUCAAGAGGAAACAGAAGGAAUUGGAUAUUGGUGUGGGAAGAUGGUUUCUGCAAUUUUGCUGCCUCAGCAGCACCUGAAAUUAACUCAGGUGAUUGUUCUACCCCACCUGCUUAUGGGAACUGUGAAUUUCAGCCCUACCAAGGGCUUCAACCGGAGCUCUUCUUCAAGAUGUCACAUGAGAUCUAUAACUAUGGAGAAGGGUUGAUAGGAAAAGUGGCUGCAGAUCACAGCCACAAGUGGAUAUACAAAGAGCCUAAUGAUCAAGAAAUCAACUUCUUGACAGCAUGGCACAAUUCAGCAGAUUCGCACCCUAGGACUUGGGAAGCCCAGUUCCUGUCUGGUAUAAAGACCAUAGCUCUCAUUGCUGUAAGAGAAGGUGUUGUUCAAUUAGGAGCUGUUCACAAGGUGAUUGAAGACCUGAGCUAUGUGGUACUUUUGAGAAAAAAGUUCAGCUACAUUGAGAGCAUCCCUGGUGUGCUGUUGCCACACCCUUCAUCUUCAGCAUACCCCUACAAAGUAGAAGGAGGAGGAGGGUAUGGAGCACUAGAACAAUGGCAGCAUUUCCAUGGAAUUAGCAACAACCACCACCACCACCACCUUUCAUCAUCACCCCAACAAGCUGAACUAUAUGAUCACCAUGCAGGCCACUUCAACUUGCCACUCAAGAUAACUCCUUCAAUGAGUAGCCUUGAGGCACUUCUCUCCAAGCUCCCCUCAGUGGUGCCACCAUCAACACAACAACAACAAUCACUCUUGCCAUCACAAAGGCCAUUGGAGUUCAUGGGAAUGCAGAAAGUGGCAAAGGAAGAGUUGGAAGAAGAGGUGUACAGACCAGAACUUGACAUAGGUGAGAGUAGCAGCUCCAUGCCAGAAGUAGGGUACCACCACCAACACCAACAUCAACAUCAACAUCAUCAUCAACAUCACUUCCAUCAAGUUCAGAAUAAUAAUAAUAAUAAUGUAACUAGGAGUGGAGCCAACAAUGGAUUUUGAAUUUCAGUACCAUUAAUUAGUACUCCGUUCUAAAACAAAAACACCGAAUGAUGGGGAAGAAUCAUCAUUGGCAAUAUUAAUGAAAAUUAGUCCUAAUUAAUUAUCAAGUCCUAACAUUGUAGUGAGUUGUUAGCUUCAUCAGUAUUAUUAUAUAUGAUAAUAAUAAUAACAAUAAUAAUAAUAAUAAUAAUAACUACUGCGUUUUGAGCUUUGUUGGUUCUUUUUCUA